GGAGAAGUUAUUGCAUGUGUUGGAUGCCAAUUGGCAUAGCCGUAAUAAUGCAUAGUUUCUGGGCAAGUGUUUUGGACAAAUACUGCAACAAGUCGUUUUCAAAGUCAACCUUUUAGUCGUUGUUUGAUUGUUCUCUUCCCUUUGUUAAAUAGACAGCACUAGUAGUGUACAAGUUUGAAAAUUAGCAAAAGGGUUGUGAUUAAUCAGGAAAAGGAUUUUGCUUUCGCAAAGAAGAAGGGCCUCGAAUGAUGGCUCAGGCUGUAGUGAGCUUCAUAGUGCAAAGUCUUGGUGAUUUGCUGAUUCGAGAAGCAGUAUUCCUAUAUGGGGUGGAAGACCAAGUGUUGCAGCUGCAAACUGAAUUGAGGAUGAUGCGGUCUUACUUGCAAGAUGCAGACAGAAGGCAAGAUGAAAACGAAAGCCUAAGGAGUUGGAUUUCAGAAAUCAGAGAAGCAGCUUAUGAUUCUGAUGAUGUCAUUGAGUCAUAUGCCCUCAGAGAGGCCUCAAGAAGAAAUUUGCCAGGUGUGUGGAACCUAAUCAAAAGGUAUGCUUCAAUCAUCAACCGGUUUAUAGAAAUCCACAUGGUGGGAUCUCGUGUUGAUAAUGUCAAAGCCAGGAUUUCUAGCCUCACAAGGAGUCUUAAAACCUAUGGCAUAAAACCUGAGAAAGAAGAGCCCUCAAAUUCUAUGCAUGGGAGACAGAUUUUGAGGAGGUCUUAUUCACAUGUCAUUGAAGAGGACAUAAUUGGUGUUGACGAUGAUGUCAAGAAGUUGGAGUCAUAUUUGGUGGAUCCCAGCAAAAGAGUGGUGGCCAUUUGUGGGAUGGGAGGAUUGGGGAAGACAACAUUGGCAAAGAAGGUGUACCAUAGUGUUGAUGUGAGGAACAGUUUUAAGAGCUGGGCUUGGGCUUACAUAUCACAGCACUGCCAAGCAAGGGAUGUGUGGAUAGGAAUUUUAUUUAGGCUGAUCUCUCCUUCACAGGAGCAAAGACAGGAAAUUGACAAUAUGAGAGAUGAAGAGCUUGCAAAGAUGCUUUACCAAGUUCAAAUGGAGAAGAGUUGCUUAGUGGUCCUUGAUGAUAUUUGGAAUGCAGAAACAUGGAACAAACUGAAGCCUGCCUUCCCUCAUGGAACAUCAGUAUCAGCAGUUGGUAGCAAAAUAUUGCUAACUUCUCGAAACAUUGAUGUUGCAUUCCAAAUGGACCCUAGUUGUUAUCUUCACACACCAAAAUGUUUGAAUGAAGUUGAUAGCUGGGAGUUGUUCCAAAAGAAGUCAUUUCUUAAAAUUGAUGAUCCAGACUACAGAGAGAAGGAGAAAUUGGGAAGGGAAAUGGUUGGAAGAUGUGGAGGUUUACCAUUGGCCAUCAUUGUUCUUGGAGGACUGUUAGCAUCAAAGCCUACAUUCUAUGAAUGGAACACUGUGUGCCAGAACAUCAACUCAUAUUUGAGGAGAGCAAACGGCCAAGAACAAUGCUUAGGAGAGGUGUUGGCUUUGAGCUAUUACGAAUUACCAUACCUGUUGAAGCCAUGUUUCCUACACUUGGCUCAUUUCCCAGAAAACUUAGAGAUACCAACAAAGAAACUAAUUAGAAUAUGGGUGGCAGAGGGUAUUAUAUCUUUGGCUCACAGUGAAGGAGAAGGUGAAGAAGCUCUUGAGGAUGUGGCACAACGUUACCUGACUGAGCUAGUGGAGAGGUGCAUGAUUCAAGUAGUUGAAAAGAGUUCAUCAGGAAGAAUUAGAAGUUGCCAGAUGCACAACCUCAUGAGGGAACUUUGUGUUGACAGGGCAUAUUUGGAAAACUUUCUUCUGGAGAUCAAUUCCCGGAAUGUAGAUGAAUCUAGAGGGACAUCAAGAGCAAGGUCAGUGGGAAAAGUUCGCAGGAUUGCCUUGUUUUUGGAUCAAGAUGUUGAUAGGUUCUUCCUUUCACAACUGAAAAGCCACCACCAUUUAAGGUCUCUUCUUUGCUUCCAUGAAAAGACAGCUAGAAUCAGUGAAUGGGGCUUGAUGAAGUCAUUUUUCGAAAAAUGUAGGUUACUCAGAGUCCUGAACUUGGAAGGAAUGCAGGGUCUGGGAGGAAAGUUGCCAAAAGAAAUUGGCUAUUUGAUCCACCUAAGGUUUCUCAGUCUGAGAAAUACCAAAAUUGAUGAGUUGCCAACAUCAAUAGGUAAUUUAAAAUGCUUGAUGACCCUGGAUCUUCUAACGGGGAAUUCAACUGUGCAAAUACCAAAUGUCAUAGGUAACAUGCAAAAAAUGAGACAUUUAUAUCUGCCAGAGUCUUGUGGUAAUGGCAUUGAAAGGUGGCAACUGGACAACCUGAAAAACUUGCAGACGCUGAUUAACUUCCCUGCAGAAAAGUGUCAUGUAACAGAUCUCAUGAAAUUAACCAAUUUGAGAAAAUUAGUGAUUGAUGAUCCUAACUUUGGAGGUAUCUUUAGGUAUCCUGAUGUGCAAUUUAGGCACCUAGAGUCAUUGUUUUUUGUUAGUUAUGAAGAUAUAUCAGUUGUCGAUGUUGCAUUAGGAUGUCCCAAUCUUUACAAACUUCACAUAGAAGGACCUAUAAAGAAUUUUCCUGAACCCCACCAACUUUCUUCCAAGCUUCUGAAGCUAAAGUUGACGGGUUCUGGACUUCUUGCAGAUCCAAUGCCAACAUUAGAAAAGCUUCCAAAUUUAAGGUUGCUUGAGCUACAACUUGAUUCAUUUGUAGGCAAGCAACUGCAUUGUUCCAGCAAAGGCUUUGCUCAACUCAAGUCUCUGGUUAUCCAUGAUUUGUUCAAUCUUGAGGAGUGGAGGUUGGAUAAAGGAGCCAUGCCUUGUCUUAGAGAACUUAAGAUUGAAAAUUGCACCAAGCUUGAGAAGGUUCCAGAUGGGCUCAGAUUUCUUACCACUCUUCAGCAUCUGGAGAUCAGAUCAAUGUUUGCAGCAUUCAGAACCAAACUUGAAAAAGGAGGAGAGGAUCACUACAAAAUCCAACAUGUGUCAGCUGUGGUUUUUUGUUACUGUGACUAUUAGGUUGACAUUUCAAUUCUGUAACUCCGUGAUGGUGUCUGGAUUAAUUAGUUCAUUCAUAUAGCAUUGAUUAUGUUAAUCAUUC